GUUUGAGUGGUGAGAGUGCAGCGGAACUAACCGGGCGGGACGGCAUGGAAAGUUUAAAAGAAUAGUUGACAAGAAUAACAACAACCGCAUCCUCAGUCCCGGUGGUCAGCCCAGGCUCGGCGUCUUCGUCGCUUCCGCUGUGUGUCCGUGGUGUGUGUUGGGUUGGGGCCUCUGUAUCAUGUAUCUGAUAAUUCAUAUAUGGGUCGGUGCAAGAGUCCGGUAGGUACGUAGACUGUAUUUCAAUCCUAGCCGCACCUCUUCCUACACACCUCUUUCCACCAGCUAAAUAUAUAUAAUCAAUCAGUUUCCGGAGCCUAGCAGGAGGUAAUGACCAUGGGGAAGUAAAUAAUAGAUUGUAGUAGUGAUAGUUGUAGAGAUGGCCAGGCCAUAGGUUCGGACAGCAUGACGAGGUCAUCCGCCUCUCAUUAUUAUUAUUAUGAUUAUGGUUAUGGUUAUGGUUAUGAUUAUGGUUAUGAUUAUUCUUAUUCUUAUUCUUAUUCUUAUUACCUCGAUACACCAGGAAAGCACCGUGGAUGGAUCGGGGGUGGGAGGAGGACAGCCUGAUGCUCCGGCGAAUCAGCGGGCGAGGAGGGGAGGAGAAUGGGGGCACCGCUACUGCCACUACUGCCACACCAUCUAUUUCCACGACCACGGGCUGGGCUGGUCUCCACUCCUCCCCCCUCCUCGUUCUCCUCGCUGUUCCGUGUGUCACAUCAGGGGGGGGCGGCCAACAACUUGUGCACUUUGUAGCGGUUUGUUUGCGCCACUCGGUUUUUUCUCUCCCAUUAGCACAGUAUUAUUUUGUAUUAUUUUAGUAUUAUUAUGCACCACAAUGCCCGAGCUCAAUCAUAAGUGCUCGUCUUGUCUGCUGCAACAAACAGAACGCCGCCUAAGUUACCUAGUGUUUCCUUUUUCUGGCUUGGUUUGCGCCUUUUUUUUCUUUUGCUUUUUCUCUUCUUUCCUCCUCGGUGGGCACUGGGCGGAGGGGGGUGGAGUAUUUAUGACUUUACGCCCUGUAACGCACUGUAAUUUGUAGGUGUAAUAGUGGUAAUAGUCACAGUUCCGAGUUCCCGCGCCGCGCCCUUUGUCUGCUUUCCCCCCUCCCCCCCUUAUUAUUCUUAUACGCCCUGCUUCCAUAGUUCUCUUGUUUCCACCCACUGCCGGCUCCUGUUUCCACCACCCCCCCCGUCCCCCCGUUCCUCCCUCCCUUUUCUCCUCCUCCUCCUCCUCUCCUCUGCUCUGCUCUCCUCUCCUCUCCUCUCCUCCGGACAGUCUGAUUCCCACUUCGCCUCAACUCCAACUUCAUCUUCAUGUUCAAUCCUCAACUUUAUCCACUUUACUCCCCCCAAUCCUCUUAUCUCCUCACUUUCUACCCCGUUCCCCCCCGCUUGUUCCUCUUUGAGGUUGCGGCUAAUUUCCCCCUACACGGUUCCAUUCCCCCAGCUCGUGAACGACCCAGAUAGAUAAUCUGAUUUUUGCCCAUUCAACAACCCUUUCUCUUACGACUGUGCCUUUGCGUCUAGUCUGCUGCUGCCUCUGUCUGGAAUCUAUUCAUCUUGAUUUUUCUUGUUCGAUUUUGUCUCUUUUUUACGCCUUGUCGCGCCCCUACUCAGGAGGCCUCCUCUCACCUUCUACACCCCGCCCCGUUUGGCCAGCCCUCUUUAAGCGUAGUGCGCAAAUUCAGAUACAUAUCUCCAUCUACUUCACAUUCGGGAAGCUGGGUGAAGAGAAUUUGUCUUGAUUCCAUAGUCGGCAUUUCCCCGUCGCAAUGGAGUCAAGAACAAUGCCACCAGAGCCAGGCAACAAACGUCCCAGAUCCCCAUCGGGCGACUAUACCCAUUCGACCCCCUCCACCAAAAUCCCCAAAACCCACUCCAACCAUCUCCAAAUCAACUACCUCGCCCGCCAAUACGCCCAUAAUAUUCCCCUCGUCUCUGCAGAAGAUACUCUCCCCUCCAUCCUCCGUAUAAUAAACGACUACGACGGCGUACUCCAGCGUCACGAGAGCAUUGCUGGAAACCUAGGCGCAUGUCCCCUCGGCCCAAUCCUCGUCUCUCGUUUCGAACGUCUCUUCGACGGGCCCCCCAAGGUGCUAAAAUCUCAUGGGAAAGAAGGGACAACGGUCUCCUGGCUCGAUGUUGUCGAGUUUGCGAAAAACAAACCGGAGCAAUUCACUCUUGAAAAGACGCGAAAUGGAGUACCUGUUUGCCAGAUAUAUACCAAGCAGAGUCGCAUAGAAAUUUCAGAGGAGGACUACAUCCUGAUCAAGUCGGGGAUUCCUCAGAAGAUUAUCCCCCCGCAGCCAAUCGUGGAGGAUGAGGAGAAGGAAUUGGGCGCGUUAGAAAUUUUAGAAAAGAAUCUGGGGCAGAUUAUUAAUCUGGCUGAUCAAGUGUCGGCUCGUGCCAGACAGCUGAACCACAGAUUCAAAAAUCGCAAGAGUGCUAUUGUGAGCAGGAGAGAAAAUGAUUUAUCACUCACUGCACGACAACCGCGGUCUAUUAGUCCACUCCGCGAAGCCAAUGGCAAUGGAAUGGGUACCGCCCAUACAAGCAACGGCCAUUCGAGCCCUCACUCCCCUCAGGGCUUCAUCGCGGUUAAUUCUUCUUCUCGACACGAACACUCCCCCGAUGACGCCAGUAUCCUCUCCGCAGCGCAAUUCAUGUUCCCUCAUUCCAGCACAGACAACGUCACCAUAAUCAACGGGACCUCGAUUAAGGGAGCCUCCCCUGCUACACGUGCAGAAUUAAUGAAAAAAUUCUUCACCACAGCCGAUCGCCAUGCGCGGGGCUACCAAAAUGAUGAAGUUAUAGAAGGUCCUGCCCCGCCCGCGCGCCACACUUCCCGCUCUCGACCCCGCGCCUCCGACCCCGGCGAGUAUGGAGGAGGUUUCGCAGGAAGCGGACCUGUGGCCAUCCCCAAUACCCCAUCUUCCCUCCUCCCUCAACCAAAGUCCUCCAACCAUUACGAGCGUGACGACGGCGGGCCCUACAAGAUCGAAAUGGUAAGCCGCAUGGAAGGCCUCCAGCGCGGCGAACGCAUCCUCCCCCCCUGCGACCGCUGUCGCCGUCUACAGAUGGACUGCCACAAGAACCUUACCGCCUGCAUGGGCUGUACGAAGAAACACGCCAAGUGCUCGUGGAAGGAAGUUAAAAUCGAGGAGCUGCACGAGACGUACCUGGCUCGUCCUCAAAGUAGUAUAGACGGUGGCAAUGGCAAUAUGCAUGAUGGAACGAUGCCGACAAUAGAAACGGAGGCGGAAACAUCAGCGUCUGCAUCGACGACGGAACUUGGUAAGAGUCAGCGGGGCAAUAGGACGCCGAAUGUCGGUGGUAUCAACGCUGACGCGGGCUCAACCGCCGGAACCGACCAGGGCCCUAUUAUCUGCAACCCCAACAACAAUACCAAUAAUAAUAAUAACACGAAUACCCGCCGCGCCUCCGAACCACAAACACGCAUCCGCCACACCUCUAAACCCCGUUCACAGAGCGAAAACAGCAUGCUCGCGGGCCUAGCGGAGGCGGCGCACGAGCCCGACCGGUGGACGAAUAAUAAUAAUAAUGAUAACACACACGGAGAUAUGCACUCAGCAGCACAUCGCUCACAUCCACAUCCGCAUUCAUACCAACACCAACAUACACAUCCACAUGCACAUACACAAGCGCUGUUAGAUACAGACACAGACGACAACGACUCCACGGACCCGCUCGCGCAAGCUAUUAGGGAUACCAUGGGGAAGCAUAACCUUGCUGCUGCAGCUGCAGCGGCGCGGUCAUCGGGACAUAGGGAGAGGGAAAUGGAGAGGCAGAGAGAGAGAGAUAUAGAUCGAGAUGACGAAUGAUGGAAUCGCCCCCUCCCUUUUCUUUAUUUAUAUAUAUAUAUAUAUUUUUUUUUUUUUUGUUUUUGCCUUUUUAUGUGAAGAUAUUUAGGGUGUCUAUCUAUAUAUUUAUAUAUUAUCUCCAUAUUUUUUCUUCUCGUGAUUUUUCCUUUUUUGAUAAUGCCGAUGCAGUUAUAUUUUCUCUUUCUUUUUGUGUUUUUGACUCAUCUUUCGUGACAGUUCUUCUAACCAUCAACAAGUCUCUCCCCCCCUUUUCCCCCGACCCCCUCCAUUUUGCAUUUACUUCUACUCCGUUUUAGAACCACCCCCCCCUCCCCCGGCUUUGUACAUGAUUUGUCUAUUACCUUUAUUAGCCAGUAUCUUAUCCUUUUCCUCAUGUGCUCACAUGUCAUAAUGCCCUUCAUUCCUGGUUUGUGAUUUGCUGGCAUGUUUUGUUCCCCCUCCUCCGUCCCUGUGCGUUGCAUAUCAUAUUAUAUUUACACUUCUAUUCCCAUUUUCUAUUCUAUGUAGGCUAUUCUUUUCCCCCUUCUUUUUCUCUCUUUUUCUCUCCCUUUCUCUCACUCUUCUCUCUCCUCUCUCUUUUCUUUUUCUCUUCUUUCCCCCCCCUCUCAUUUUUUUUUCCUUUUGCGAACACGAAAUGGAACUGAAAUAAGGGAGUUAUGAGAGUUUACAUGGUUUGAAAUACAUGAACGGAUGGAUUUGAAUGAAUGGAUUUGAAUGAUAAGAUGGCAGCAACAUUGAGUUUCGUAAUGAGGUUUGAGUUUUAGAAAAUAGUUGAGAUGUUUGAUUUUUUUUAUUUCUAAAGGAAAAAAAGAAGGAAAAAAAAGAAAAAAGAAAAAAGAAAAAUUAGUUAGCUAGCUAUUUAGCUGAGUUUGAUAUUCUGCUGUUUUAUUUCACUUGAUAUUUUCACAUGAAUUUACAUUGAGUGAUAUUAUUAGUAUUUUCUCUCUUUCAGAUUUUCUUUCCUAUGUUGAAUUUCUAUGAAUGUUGUAGUAUGAAGUAUGAAGAGAUUGAGAAAUGCUGCUUAUGAAAAGAGUAUUGUAUAACUAUUAACUGAGCUGUUUAUUGUAUUUAGAUAACUAUAUACUCAGUGCAACAGGAUGAGCCUGUCUGUACUCUGAAGUUAGUAUCUUGUUUAAUCAAUUCUCUUUCACCCCACAUGAGUAACUA